GGAACACAGAACGACGCCCCACAGCAUAACAAUAUCUAUGAACUCACCACUGAAGCCGUUAAUAGACCAAUCGCUGCUAUCCUUAUCAGUGCUGGUGUUAAUUGUGAGGUGGCGAUUUGCAUAUCUAUCCACAUCAUCCGUGAGCCAUGGCUCAACGUGACUAACCCUGAACAAAAGCUGAAAAUUGUACAGGAAGUGCAACGACGGGGUGAAACGGUGGCCGUCACAGGUGGAGGCGUCAACGAUGCACCGGCUCUUGCACACGCAAAUAUCGGCAUUGCCAUGGGUUUGUGCGGCAGCGAUAUUGCUCGUCAAACAGCCGACAUUGUUCUGUUGGAUGACAACUUUGCGUCGAUUGUGAUGGGAAUUGAAGAGGGGCGACUCCUUUUCGAUAAUCUUAGGCUUUCUCUGGCGUACACAUUUGCUCAUCUAUGGCCGGAAAUCUUUCCUAUCAUGCUCACGUUUAUACUUGGAUUACCACAAGGAUUGUCGCCAAUGCAGAUUCUCUCCAUCGAUCUGGCGUCUGAAAUGCCACCGGCUGUGUCACUUGCCUACGAGCAACCAGAACAGGACAUCAUGCUGACUCGUCCACGGAGUAGGAAAACUCGUCUUCUUUCGAAAGGGCUUCUCGUCUACGCGUAUCUUUUUGCCGGUACUGGUAUCACCAUCGGCUGCAUUGCCGCAUAUUUGAGUGUUUACUGGUAUCACAAUAUCACAUUUUCGGACCUAUUGUUCACUGCCGAACAUCACUGGAAAAUCGGUGCCGUUAAUUUCACUACCGCGGACGGUGUAGUCUACGAUGAACAUCAGCAGCUGUUCAUAAAAGGACAAGCGGCUGGUGCUUGGCAGGUGGUGCUCGUCAUGUCGCAGAAACGCGACGAAUGGCCCCAUUUGAAUGAGCUUGGCGAAUGGUAA